AAUUCAUUCAAUAUUUUACGCCCCAACCAUAUCAACCUUCUAACUACUCACCAGAUGCAUGGAAAAAAUCGGAAUUUCCCCGCUAUAAAUUCCCCACCCCCGUUACGCCUUUUACCACACACUCCAUUAGCUACUUACCACACUCAAAAGCGCAAAAAAGAAAAGCCUUUGAAAACCCUCUCUUCCUUACCAUGGCUGUCACUAAGAUGCAGGUUGUCGUGGCGCUGAUGGCGGUGGUGAUGGUGGCGGCGAGCGCGCAGCUGGGCCAAGCAGCUGUGACAUGCGGCCAGGUCGCGUCCAGCAUCGGCCCGUGCGUGAAUUACGUCAGGGGCAUGGCCCCGCUGUCGCCCGGCUGCUGCAACGGGGUGAGGGCCCUCAACGGGGUCGCCAGCUCCACGCCGGAUCGGCAGGCGGCUUGCAACUGCUUGAAGUCCCUCUCCGGUCGUAUCCAAGGCCUCAACCCGUCCCUCGCCGCCGGGCUUCCCGGCAAGUGCGGCGUCAGCAUCCCUUACCCUAUCAGCACAUCCACCGACUGCACCAAGGUCAGGUAAUGCUGCUCGAGGAGGCCGAUUGAUGCGUGCGUGGUCCGAGUGGUUUCGUUAAUUUACGUUUUGUGUCGCGAGAAGAAUAAAAGGGAAUGUUGUUGUUUGUGUAAAAGUACUACGUACUGUGUAGUGCUAGUACAAGGCAUCGGUCCAUGUUAUAUAUAUGUUUGAUCUGGGUAAUACUUUAUUAUUAUCUAUGCGUUUUGUUGUGUUAAUUAAGGAGAGCUCGAAUUAGAAUCGAGACGGAUUGAGUUAAUUAAUAAACGACCGAAAUGAAUAUAAUAUUAAGAAAUCGACAACGACGAGGUUGAAAAAUACCAGUUACAACAUUUUACAGUGAGCUCGAAAGAGCUCAUGGACUGAGAGUUUGAUAAUGAUCCGUUUUGAUACUUGCUCGUAUGUGACAAGGGCCACAAGUCCACAACAAACCAUUAUAUAGGGAAAAGACAACUAGGACAAACUCAUUUUUCACACAAAUGUUCAUAUAUUCACUCAUGG